GUGGGACAGGCAGGAAUAAUUGGCCAAGGCUGGCUGAUUCCAGACUUCCAACCUUUGGAAGGGGCAAGCCACCCUAUCCGGGCUCAAGGAGGCUACAGCAUUUCCAUUUAUAAGAUCUGUCCCAAGAUGAGACGGAGUCCCUGACGUUUUGGGUGAAUCUCCGGAGUACAACUCCUAUUAUAGAAGACCAUGGAUUUGGCAAGAACCCAGGUGUAGGGAUGAGAAGGAAAACUGCAGAAUAUCUAUGGAAACCGGUACCCCAGAACAAGCCUUCUCCAUGUAAUCGGUUCAAACAUGCCUGCAGCGUCUGUAGAGGGUUUGUCUAUCUUUAUGGGGGCCGGUCCAAUAGCACCCUAAGUGACUUCUGGCGGUACAGUAUGGUAAGCAAUGAAUGGGAAAAACUGGAUUGUUCAGAAGGCCCAGAAGAACUGGAAGAACAUUCAAUGGUGGCUUAUCAGGGCACCCUCUAUGUUUUUGGUGGGAUGGUGGAUUCGGCUUUUACGCAGCUGAAGAGCCCUCUCUGGAUGUAUGACAUUGAUUCAGCAAGAUGGACUGAGUGCAGGCACGCAACAGGGAAGAUUGAGAUCAUUGCUCCAGCUAACAGAAAGGGCCAUAGCGCAGUAGUUUACAGUUCCAGCAUGUACAUCUAUGGGGGAUACUUCGACCUCAAAGGGAUUUCACAAGAGUUUUGGGCUUUACGUUUUGAUUUGGGGGAAUGGUCACAGGUACCUCCCCUGUCUUGUGCCACUGGUCCAGGGCCCCGGCAUGGUCACUCAGCUGUGGUUCAUGGCACAGGCAUGUACCUGUUUGGAGGACUGAUGGGGCUGAGUGAACAGAGGGAUCUAUGGAAGUGGGACUUUAUGAGCCGCAAGUGGUCUGCUAUCAGAACAAGCCAGGGACCUCCAAAAGUGGUGGGACACUCUUCUGUGGUCUUUCAAGACUCCAUGCUGACUUUCGGUGGAGGGAUUUCAAGCUCCAGGCCUAACAGCAGCUUGUGGAAGUACCACUUCAGUUCCCAGAGGUGGGAAAAACUGGCUAGUACAACAGAGGUAAAUCUUUCUUCUAAACGGUAUCACUGCAUCCUGGGAGUUGGUGUUGGUUUCCAACAGAUGCCAGGUUUCUCUAGUGCAUCCCCCAGCAUUCACUGGGGUCCAAGGGGGAAAGAGCCUCAAAAGUUGCUGGCUGUCUCCAAGCAAGCAUUCAGCAAUGGCAACGAAAUAGAAAUGAAAACCUUCAGCCAGCCCCUGGAGCUGCCGGGCUGUUGCUCAAUCGAGACCCCUUCAGAGGCAGAACAGAGCAUAUGGUCUAAGAAUGAGCAUCUCUCCCAUCUCAUCUCUUCCAAAGCACAAGGUCUCCCUGAAGAUAUAGCAAACAGGAAAGGAGCUGACGCCCAGCUCGUGCAACCUACAAGCUUGGCAGCUACCAACGGUCCUGAUGUGUUACUCCUGAUUGGGGGCAAGCCAUGGGCCAGCCUCUGUGAAAUUUCACUAUGGCAAAUGGAGCUGAACAGCAUUUAAAUUACCCCACGUGUAAGGAGGGUGAAGACACCAUGCUGCAGGCAGCAUACGUGGCCACGGAGAAGGUAGAAUGUAGCUCUGCAAGUUCGAUCCUAGGACUAACAGCAUGCUAAAAGGCUUGGACGUUUUCUCCCUGGAAAAGGAGAGAACUUUUAAGUGAGCUUUUUGGUUGAACAAAACGGACUGAGAAAUCGUCCAUGUUCAAAACCUGGGGCCACAGUCAAGGGGAAAGGCCACUUUCUAAUUUCUGCUUUAAUCCAUCAGCUGUUAAUUAAAAAAAAAAUUGAUUCCACGUGCCUUAAAAUAGGAAAAUGCGUGCACCUCACACAUUUCCCUUCUACAGCGAACUCAAAGGGAAAACCGGAACAUCUCCUUAGAUCUCAGAAGGGGCUCUCCUCCGAAUGCUGGGUAAAGUCGAAAGGUGCAAGUACUGAAUGUACACAUUCAUACUACUGAAAAAAUGUUUUGCUGGACUGGAGGCUGCCAUCUCAUGGCCUCACUCUGAAGUAUUUGGAGCACCCUUAACUGCCACUGAAGUCCAACGGGACUAGGGAUAUUCAGCAUUUCUCAUGCAGUUCAGGACCUUGCAGACUAUUUUUCUCAAUUUCAUGAUGUUUUUAAUCAGUGGUCAUAAAAAUACAUGGAUGUGUAACUUGUAAAUGAAGGCCAAUUGUAGCAUACAUCAACAAGGUGCAAGUAUAUGGCAAAGGAUUUAGUGUGUUUAAAAAAAAUCUCCCAUCUAGUUUCAUGAAGUGGAUGUGUAAUGUUUUAAAAUACUGUGGCAUAAUAUCUGCCUUUAUUAUAUUGUGCAUUUGUCAGCAUUGCCCAGAGAGCUAUUUGAUAUUUCCAUACAAAUUAACUAUGGAAUAACCUAAUGUUUAAAAUUUUGAUGUCAGUAAUGAAAUGCUAGGAUUAAUGAUACUGGUAGCAGUGUUAUCUUAAGGCUAGGUACUUAUUCAGGCAAGUUGAGUAGCCAUGGAAUCAUUUCAAAUUGCUGUGAAGGUAGCUGGGAUGAAAAUUAAUUCCUACAUAUCUAAAAAGAACAGUUCUAACGACACCAGAGUACAGCAGAGCCUCAGAGUUACCAUCAGUUCGGAAAUGGAGGUUGCUUGUAUCUGGGAACAAAACAUUCUGGCUAUUUCAAAACUUUACAGCUGAACAGCUUAGAACCUUUGUUAUGCAGAAGACAAAUGCUGCCUUCCCUUUAUUUUUUUAGUAGUUGAUCACAGUAUCGUAUUUGGGUUUUUUUGUCUGCUGUUGCCUGAUUAGAUCCUUUUGGUUCCAAAUGAAGCAUAUGGCUGUCUGGUCUGUUGGUAACUGACAUUCUGCUGUACAAAGCCUGCAUUACUUUUCUACACUUUAAUUCAUGCUUUUUUACUACGUGUUUUCUAGUUUCAAUCAUGGUCUGACUUUUACACGUUAUAAACACCAGAACUUACUUCUUCUGACAUGGGCACAGGAACAAUUCCAACCAGCGAUUAGACGGUAGAAGUUCCUGAGGCCUCCAAUUGAUUACCCCCACCAAACAGUCUCAUGUCUUCAGUGGAAAUAUAGGUGCUGUCUUUUGGGUUGGCGUGAAGUGACUGGUCACGGUGCAGGCUCUGCUUGAACCCACGUUUCUGAUCUCAUCAUUGGGCUCAGUGACAUCCAAGCUAAGUGUAGACGGAGUAUAGAAAUCUUGAAUCCGCAGCCCGCUGGCUACCCGAUUGGUCUGUUGUCAGCCAGAGGCAGCACGAACCAUACGGACUUGUCUUCGCUAGGGUUGGUUGGGGGAGGUGGGAAUGUAGCUGCAAAGGGUUGCUGUAGAGCACUCUCCCUUGAUGCCAGCUAAGAUUGUUCAUUUGCUGGCUGACUUGCUUCUACAUCUUUCAAAGCCAAUGUGACUUAGGCCUGGAAGGGGAGGUUUUGAAAUUCAGAGGAAUCAACCUUGCUUGUAACAAUCACUUGCACACAGGAGCUCUCCACUGCUGGGGCAUCUGAGUGUCUUUUUGCCCUGAAUAUUUGUAUUUUUAGCCUGCUGCCAUAGCAAGCUUGAACUCUUUCAGCACUGCAUUCCUAUCACUGGGGCCGCCUUCCUUUAGGACUAACACUUGCUGGGGGAAUGUUUUCCAGGAACUUGAAGAGCAUCACCAGUGCCUCUCGUUAUGUAGAACAUUUUAAUGAAAACAUUUCUUUCUAAAAGGAGGGAGUUAGCCGACGUGAACAAAACACUCCGUAACCCUGUUGCAUCUGCUCACCCUAUCUGAUGAGCUUGGCAAGGAUUCAGAUAUUGUCAUAGUUUAACUCUGGCCCAAGUCAGUAAUUACCAAAAGUCAUCACCAUCUGGUGGCACUGCAGUGGUCUGUGUGAAAUAAUCUGUGGAUUAGCUCCAGUUAGCAGCUAUCACUGCCAUUAGCAUUUUUGUUGGCAAGUCGGGCAGAGAAGGGACUCAUUUCUCCACUGGAGCUGCUCACUUAAGCACAGGGAGCAGGCCAGCAUGGGAGCCGCUUGCAUUGCUGCCAUCUGUCCUGUACCUACUCACUGGCGAAACAAUACUAUUGUCCAAGGCUUCAAACAUUUUGUAAGUAGUACGCUCACUUUAUAGAGUGAAAGGAUAUAACCAAAUGAUGUGUCUUAAUCUGCUCCGGACCUGCAAAUGUACUGUUAUUUUGAAGAGUGUGACUAUUUUAAAGUAGUCUAUUUAUAGAAUUAAGAUACAAAACCAAAUCUGUCCUUAUUGAUUUACAAUGUUUUAUAACCUACAGUAAAUUUAUAUUUAGUCAAAAUAUUCUGAUUCAUUGUUUACCAUUUGCUACUCCUGAACAACAGAAGAAACUGUGUUUAUCAAUUUCGGGGUAGGGAGGGGGAUUAGCAGCGAAACAGACACUUUUUAAAGGCAAAUUUACUUUUUCUAAUUCAAUAAAAGUAUGUUAAGUUGA